CCGUGGAUUUGCGGGGUGUUUCAACAAGUUUCCAACAACAAGGAUCAAACAUGGAAAAAUGGACAACCAGGCAACAUGAGAAGCCAAAGCUGCACCAUACAGUUGCCAUCACUGAAAGACCACAGCUACUUGGCUCUGCUUCAGGAGGAACAUUGUUCAGCACAGAUGGCUAUGUCAAGCACCUGCGGUCAGAAUGAAGAAGUAACUUGUGGAACAGGUCUUGACAGUAAUCAUUGCGACCUUUACAAAGAGAUUUUAGAGGACUUUUGUGAACUGGAUAGAACUUAUGAACCAAGCGAUGUUGGCAUUGAAGGAAUUUUGAAGUAUUUGCAGGAUCCACGGCCACUAAAUGCAAUAGAACUUGAACAAUAUUUUGAUGAUGAAAUAUUACUGGAAACGCAGGAAGUGACAGUCAAGAGCACUCCACUCAAGGGUCCUGCCUCAGCAGUCUGUGGCAUGCAUUUUGCAGACACCAAAGUCACCUGCCAGAGUUCCGUUUCUCCAUCUGAGGUGAACGCAUACAGCAGAAAAAGAUCGGCCAAUGGAGAUUGUCCAAGUGCUUCGGGAAUUCCAUCUCAGGAUUCUACUAGUUUCUCGGAUGCUCCGAGAGCCAAAUGUUUAAGAGGAGAUGAAGAGAAUCUACCUCCUUCUCCAGAACAUUCCAACAAUUCAGCGGACAUCUUGUCUCCAACCAUCUACCGUUCGGACAUCAACCAUCUGAAGGAACUGAAAAACCAUGUUGCCCAGAUUGGAUCAGACACUUCCUUAAACUCAGUCAAAGGCGAUGAAUCGAUCAUGAACAGUCCGGUUGUCAGUUCUGCUGGUUUCCAGUUUUUCCCAUCAUAUGCAGUACCACAGCAAGUCGUCAAGGUGCCUGUCAAUGGAGUUGGACAUUCAAGAGCCUCCACCUGCUUUUUAGUUCUAAAUGAGAGCUUGGCAACUCUUGAGAUUACAACACCAUUACUGACAUCGCCUCUGCAUUCACCACUGAGCUCAACACCAGAAUCAACUCCCAAGAAUGUUCCAGUGGACCCAUGGAGUACUUUAGCUCUUACUGUGAACACAGACUCUCAGACUGCCAGUCCUGAGGUCAGUCCAACUGGUCCAGGCUUCUCCAGUCCUCAAUCUGUCAAUGUUCAGAGCUCACCAGAGUCCGUGACCAAUGCACAGUCUGUGGAUAGUCCAACCUCUCCAGUCUCUUUGGACAGUGAGAGACUAGAUCUUGAAACAGAGUCAUCUGGUGAAGAAUCAUCAGGACCAUCAAGUCCAACAAUCAAGUCGUACAGCAAAACAAGAGAUGUAGAAGCUUGUACAGAAAUGGUGAAAGAAUAUCUGAGAGACAUGAGCCAACAUUCUUAUAUUUGCCAUGAACAUGACGAAAUGCUUCUUGAAGACAUUUACGUGGAUGUCACAAUGAUUGAGGUUCAAGCAGAAAAUAAGUCCGCAAAAAACGCCUCAAAGUGUUUGGACAAGGAAUGUAAAAUCUAUGAUAUAGCAGAGCGAGAAAGAGCUGCUGUAAACUUGAGCAAUCUCCUUAAUGUUUCAGGAAAACGACCAAGAGAAACCAAAAUAGUUUCCUUACUGGGGAGAGCAGGGAUCGGUAAAAGUGUACUUGUCCAAAAAAUCUGCCAUGACUGGGUGAAUGGGUCCUUCAGGCAGUUUGAGUUUGUUUUCUGGUUUAAGUGCAGGAUGCUCAAUUUUGCAAAGCAAUACACGUUAAAAGAUCUACUUUUCCAGCCGUUCCUUCCGACCUUAAAGAACACGGACGAAGUAUUUCAGUAUCUCUGCCACAACUCCCGCAAAGUCCUGCUCAUUUUGGAUGACUUUGAAGACUUGCAUCACCACGAUGGCCUGCUGCAGUCCUCAGUGUGUGGUUCAGCAGAGAGACCCCACACCGUCAAACAGCUGCUUGCAGGCCUGCUCCAGAGGAAGUUGCUGAAGGGUUGCACGAUGCUCAUUACAGCAAGGCCAAAAGAAACCUUCAACCAGUAUCUCGGGAGAGUGGACAAAAUAGUGGAAGUGCUAGGGUUUCACCCGCUUCAUGUGCAGGAGUUCCUGCACAGGUACUUUGAAGACUCCUCUUUAGCUGCUGAAGCCAUGGUUUGUCUUCAGGAGCAGCGGUACCUGCUCAGCUUCUGCUCCACCCCUUUACUAUGCAGAUUCAUCUGUUUUGUUCUCAAAACCAAGCACUGGACUGGAGAUGGCCGUUUGGUAUUGCCAUCCACUCUCACUCGUUUAUUCCUGAACAUUUUUCACGUCCUGCUGCAGGGUAAAACUCAACACAUCACAGCUUUGCACAGGCAGAACAUCCUGGAGUUGAGCAAACAUGCCUUUGCGGGGGUCCAGUGCCAUUACAGUGUGUGUGAGGCCUCCAGAGCAGUAGAAAUGUCCAACUUUGCUUUGAAGCAUGGCCUUCUAAGACCCUUCCUGAUGAAUAGCGAAGGAAAGGGGCAGGAGUGCGGCAAGACUUUCUCUCAUUCUUGCCUGCAGAACUUCCUGGCGGGACUCUACUUGUUGUUUUCCGAAGAUGUCAAGUGCAAAGGGUUGAUGAAGCUAAUCUCCUUGGAGCACAGAAAGCGGAAAUCUCAGGAGGACUGGCUCGACGUUGCUCGCAGGUUCCUGGUAGGACUGGCUUUUCAGGAAGGAAAUGAGUUCCUUCAUGGCUUCUCCCAUCAUCCAAAGGCCAAUGUCAAAGGCAAGAAGCAAAAAAGCCUGCAGAAAUAUUUGGCUGAACUCGACGUCUCUGCACUCAGCACCAGUAAGUUGGUGGAGUUCUGUCAUUGUGUUUAUGAAACGCAGAGUGCUGAGCUGACUGCACGGGUAGCUGCUAAACUCGACCAGAGGUUGUCCUUCAGAGGCACGAGGCUGACUCCAGCUGACAUCUUUGUACUGCUCUACAUGAUGCGGAACUCACCAAAUAACUUUGCUGUCGACCUGAGGGAAACAAACAUCGACUUGCCUGGAAUCCAGCAGUUCGUCGAGUUGAGGAAUGUCACCUCGUUCAGAGUGUCGGUAUGCGAUGUGAUAAAACUUUGGGAACAUUUGGAGCAAAAUGGGUUCCAAGAGCUACUUCGUCAGUCACUUCUUAAAUUUUCUGUGAAUCCUUUCGAGAUUAAGAGUUUGAAAGAUAUCGAUGACCUUGGUUUACUGGUACAAAUUCAUAAAGAUAGAAGAUUCCUUUCAAGCACACACGACACAACAGGAAGUGAACUCUAUGAGCUACCUGCUGUCAGGACAUUACAGGUGCUGGAGUUUGCUCUUGGCCCAGUGGACGGACCUCAGGGGUUUCAAAAAUUAACUAAGAUUCUACCAGCUCUGGCAUUUUUAAAGUAUCUAGAUCUUGAAGGACCAAGCUCCCAGAAAGUUAAAAUGAGUGAAAACAAAAUUGGAGAUGAAGGAGCUGAGAGACUAGCAAAGGUGUUGUCUAAUCUAACAUCGCUAGAAAAACUGACAUUGUCGCGGAACCAAAUAGCUGACCGAGGAGCACAGGAGCUGGCUAGAUCACUUCCCAACCUGAAGUUUUUAAAGACACUGAGUCUGUAUGACAAUAUCAUUGGUGACAAAGGGGCAGAAAAAUUAGCAGAAAUACUCCCAAUAAUGAAGUCGUUGAAAGUUCUAGAUGUUAAAUUUAAUAAAAUCACAGAUACGGGAGCCCAGAGGCUGACUCAGAGUUUAAAAGAUUGUCCCCAUAUUGAGACAAUAUGGCUGUGGAGCCCAACAAUUACACACUGGAUGUCUGAACACAUUCAACAGAUUGAUGUUCGAAUUAAUUUACAGUAGGCAGUUCUUAAUGCUCAGUUUUGUACAAGAAUGCACAAAUCAGCAGGAAUUGCAGGUGAAAUCUUUAUGCUUCAUAUUUCUUCAGACUAAAUUGAAAAGCAUCAAGCUUCGACAUUGCACAGCCUGUAGACCAGUGGUACCAGUAGCAAUGCCAGACAUCACUUUGCAGAUUGCUUUCAUCGUCACGAAACAGCAGAAAUAUCAAUGAAGACUUUGCCACAUGUAUCAAAAUCAGGGGAAGGCUUAGAAUGUGGAAAUUGCUAUCAUGUAAAGUUGUUGAGAUGAAUACUAUUUAAAGGAAAGCCAGAUAGGUUCAUGAGAACAACAAAUCAAGAGGUGAUUUUUUUUGCAUGGAGAUGAAGUCAAUUGGGAACAGGCUGUGGAGCAUAACAACAUAUAUGUGCUGGACUGAAUGGCCAAUUUCUGUGCUAUUCUCUGUUCUGUUCUUUUUAUAUAAAGCCUUCAUAGAUUUUCCUCCCUUACUUAUCAACAUUCUUUGUAUCAAGAGAUCAAUGUUUAUUAUGGUUUUGUUUUCUUGAGAUCUUCACUGUCAUUGUCAUUCAGGAUAGUGUAUAGGGAGAACAAUGCAAUGCAACUUUGCAGUCUCCCAUGAGCGGACCUGUGAAACCAUAUGCCAAUCAUUCUACAGGUUCAUUGUUGCUAUUGCGAACAAAAUCAAUAUACCAAAUUCUAUUGAGCACAUUCUUUAUACACAGCCUAACCUAUGGAAUAUUUAAAAAGAAACUUGAAUCUUAUAUAAAAUUUUGCACUAAAUGAAUUUUCUAUUGCACGCGGUUACUUUAUUGUAGUGUUGGUAGUUGGCUGUUGUUGCUUAUGUAUCAAAGGGACCAUAUUAGUGUGCUUUCCUUUGGCAAAUAUAUAAACAGCUUGUAUUUAUGUAGCACCUUUUACAUUAUAAAACAUCCCAAAGCACUUCACAGGGGCAUUAUAAAACAACCUUGACACCAGUCCACAUUAGGAGAGAUUAGAACAGUUGAUAAAGAGCUUGCUCAAUGGAAUGGAUUUUAAGGAACAUUUUUGAAGAAAGGAGGAGAGGUUUAUCUGAGGAAUUCCAUACUUUAACACCUUGCCACUUUAAGGCAAGGUUACCAACAGUGGAAUGAUGAACAUAAAGGUUUCACAAGAGGCCAAAAUUAAAGGAGUGCAAAUAUCUUGGAGGGUUGCAGGUGAUUACAGAUAUUAGAGAGAGUGCUGAGUAUUUGGAAGGAUCAAGAAACAAGGAUAUUAAUUUUAAAAUUGAAGCAUUGUUUAAUUGAGUGAAUACAGGGAUAAUGAAUGUAUAGGAUUUAGUAAAAUUUAGGACAAGGGUAUGCAAAAGGGCAGCUAAUUUCUGAACAUCAUGUUACACACUACUGCUUUAGUUAGAGCAAAUUUAAGUCACUUUCCAGAAAUAAAUACCCAAAAUGGUCUUGACUUAGUUAUGCACUGCAAUAGUUUUUGAUAACCAAAUGAUGAA